UCAGUGGGAAAACCCGAUCAUGAUUUCGUUGUUUUGAUGGUAACAAAAUUCGAAAGUGAAACAUCAAUGUAUUGACAGCAUAUCUAGAUUUUGUACUGUCUCAGUUUUGUUUCUCCCUGGGUUUAAAGUUCAGCUGAAGAGUAUGGCAUCGCCUGGCUUUGAGUUAUUAUACUCAAGCGUUGCACAGCAGGUCAGGUCUGCAGAUGAUGCUUCAAUAGUUGCUGUUCACUGGAACUUGAUUUCGAACGGCUUCAAGUGCUGUGGAACCGGAGAGGUGUGGCCAGAUCAACAGAAUGCAAACAUCAGUGGCAGUGAAGCUAUGCCUGCAGGUUGGAAUAGUGAUGCCACACUGUAUGCUCUCAGAUACGUGGAACCAACCUCCAACAGGACUUACCUGAUGAAAGCUUUGGCUAUGGAUGGCAAUUUGAUGCUUAACCUUGUUCGUUGCUUUGAUGAGAAGGCAGCGAGUGUAACCAUCAGGUCAAGAGACUAUGUCAAUGAGGACAUGUCAACGUCAUCAAGCACUUACAGUAAUUUGUCUGGACUGAACUCAUCCCUCACCAACGACUUGGUCAACAAGGUGACAGGAACCGGUCCGGGUGGCACGUCACAAGGGACAUCACCGCCGGCAGCUUCUACAGACCAGCAGCGACGAGAUGACCAUCCAGGGAGGUCACCCCUAUUGGAAGACCCACGGAGGGGCCCGGGGGCAGGGGGUCUAGGAUACAUGCCGCCCCGCCAACCCUUCAGUGGUUCUAUUCCUCCGGGAGCCCGGUUUGACCCGCUCGGCCCACCGGGAACACGACCAGGACCCGACCCAGAUCACGAGAGACCACCUGACAACUAUGACGACAUGUUCAUGUGAUCUCUGAGGCUGUUGGAGGAGUCGCUAGUUUUGUACAAUUAUAAAAUAAAAUAUGUGGCACGGCGCAGUGGAAUUAGGCACUCGCCGAUUUUGGGACAUAUGGACUUAUUGAUAUCAUCUUAAAGUCUGUCCAUUUGCCUUGCUUUGAAUGAAAAAAAUAUCCAUUUAUCUUGGAUACAAGUCAAGAUAUUGGCGAUUGAAGGAGGUAGAGGUCGCCUGGUUUCAGAGGUAUAAUUAGCGAGAAAAUGACCGUCACAGUUGGGUUAUUUCUUUAGCUUGAGAGUCCAUGGAAACUGAAAAUUAAUGGUUUUUCCUGCCUUUAAUUAGCGUUUUUCAGUAAACUCCACACAGAAAUGUGUUCUUUAAUGAGCAUGAAAGGUGUUGAGCCAAAAAUUAAAAAUUAGAUAAAAAUUCCCCAACCUGCUGAAAAA